UUCGGUGCGCUCGACGUCGAAGUCCAACUGCAAGCAAAACAACAAAUUCGUGGGUACAAAGUAUAUAAAUACAAAGUCUCGGAUAUUCCACGUCAUCGCAACAUGCAAACCAGAAGAAUACAUCAACCGGGAAAAAAUAUCUACGCCUCUUGCAUUAGCAAAUCGUUUGCUGGAUCAAGCUGAGGGUUGCAGACGGUGGAGCUGGAGUGCAGUCCCGGCGGAUUUAUGGGAUUCGACUUUUUUCGGACCAAAAACGGCGGAUAAUUUCACCAGGCUUCUGAUGUCACAGAUUUGCUACAUAUCUGAUAUUUAACAGCACAACGCACAGUAAAAAUUGUUUCUCCUUGCUAGGCUUUGGUGCAUUCUUGAUAUCCACCUCAUUCAGGGGAUAAUUUGUUUUGGUAGUCGGUAUAGUGGCAAACAGGAUUAAUGUUUCUUAUCUUGCAUCUGGGCAAUUCCCCUAAGGAAGGAAUAUUUGUUCUAAGCAACUGAGGAAAUGUUACUUAUCUCUUUUCUCAAACUUCUUUAGAUGUGGUGAAAUGUUCAAGGGACAGAAAAUAUGUGAAUAAUUGCACGUGAUCUUCUCAUUCUCAUGUAGUCAGAUUGUUUAGCUGUAUUCUUGGAGAGUAUCAUUCAAACUUCUUUUAAUCAAUCCAGUUGGUCGAGUUUAGGCUGCAGUGUUUUCUAUUUCUCACUUGAAGGCAAGGACAACAGCAUUUUAGCGAGUAGCUUGAGUAGGUAUAAUAAUGCAAUUUAGCUUAGGUUUUAAUUAAUCUGUCGAGGGCAUUCUCUGUUUCAGAGUGAAGGUUGGUAAGUUGCUAUGGGUGCCAUUUGGAGUUCAACUAGAAAUUUGAGCUUGGAGUGCCAAACAAAGCCCCAAGUUGAUUGUAAUAAAAGACGAAGGCUAUCAAUUUUUGAUCUGGAUGGAAGACCAAGGAUAAUUUCUGGCCUUCCUGAUGAGAUAGCUAUCCAAAUUCUGGCCAGGGUGCCCCGUGGAUGCUAUUCCCGCUUGAAAACAGUUUGUAAAACAUGGAAUUAUGUGCUAACGGACUCAGAGAUUUUUAAAUUAAGAAAAGAUAUGGGUUUGACAGAGGAAUGGCUAUACAUUUUGUUGAAAGAUGAAGAAGAAAAGCUUUUAUGGCAUACGUUGGAUCCCUCUUCAGGCAAAUGGCAGGGCUUGCCUCCAAUGCCAGAUAUUGUGCAUGAGGAAGAAUCUAAUCAAACAGGUUUGGGAUGGACUUUCUGGAAUGCAUUAGGAAAUUCAAGUAGCAGACUAACGGGACUUGUGAAGAAUUGGCUUGGACGAAAGGAUUCUUUGGAUAGAACGCCUUUUUGUGGCUGUGCUGUAGGAUCACUUGAUGGAUGCCUUUAUGUUUUGGGAGGAUUCUCAAGAGCUUGUGCUUUGAGGUGUGUAUGGCGAUUUGACCCUCGAAUAAAUGCAUGGGCAGAAGUUGCAUCGAUGGCCACUGCAAGGGCUUACUGCAAAACGGCCAGUUUGGACAACAAGCUUUAUGCAGUUGGUGGAGUGAAUAGGGGCAGAGGUGGUUUGACUCCACUUCAAUCAGCAGAAGUUUAUGAUCCAGCGACAAACACAUGGAGGGAAAUUUCUAGCAUGCCAUUUGCACGAGCUCAAGUUCUGCCGACAGCCUUUUUGGCAGAUAUGCUAAAACCAAUUGCAACGGGGAUGACAACUUUCAGAGGGAAACUGUGUGUGCCGCAGAGCUUGUAUUCUUGGCCUUUCUUUGUAGAUGUUGGUGGUGAAAUGUAUGAUCCUGCUGCCGAUUCUUGGAUGGAAAUGCCAAACGGCAUGGGAGAGGGCUGGCCAGCUAGGCAGGCAGGCACCAAAUUAAGUGUUGUAGUGAAUGGUGAUUUGUAUGCAUUGGAUCCUUCUAGUUCGUUAGACAGUGGUAAGAUAAAGAUGUACGAUUCUCAGGGAGAUGCCUGGAAAGUUGUUUUGAGAAAAGUACCUAUCCUAGAUUUCACAGAUUCAGAGUCUCCAUACUUACUUGCUGGCUUUAUGGGAAAGCUUCAUGUCAUCACCAAAAAUUCCCUGGACGAUAUUGCUGUUUUGCAGGCUGACACAAGUGAGCCUACAUGUGUAUCUUCUUCAUCAUCACCCCCAUGUAGUUCACUGGCCGCUUCCAAUUCUGAGGGUGAUGGAUGGAAGACCAUUGCGAGUAAGAGUUUUGGCUUUGUUGAGCUAGUUAACUGUCAGGUUCUGGAUAUCUAAGGUUAUACGCUGUUGAUGCUUCUCUUUCACGACAGUGUUUAACAUGUCCCUUGUUGCUUAUGCAAGAUGAUUUGCAUCAUUUAUGAGCUCACAUUGAGACAUACUCAUUUCUUCAGUUCCUCUAAGAUCUUGGAACUCAUAUUCUGAAACAAUCAAUAUUGGGUUGUUCUUACUGGCACCUUAUAUCGGUAGCUUAAUGUAUUAAUAGGCAUAUGCUUUUGUUGCAGACAAGGAUAUUGAAUACUAUCCAUUAUUAGCACUCGCAUGCCAGUAUUUCAUGGUUAGGGUUUACAUAUCUCCGUGAGAUUAGGACACAAUACUAAAUAGUAAAUACCUGUAAAGUUUUCACUUGGGUACAAUAUUACAAUACCUGAAAAACCCAAGUCUUAUUUCUUCAA